GGCUCCAGCCCAUCACGUGCUACGCUUCCUACUACGAUCCAUGGCUAGGCUCCGAUAGCUUACCGAUGCUGGUGAUCCUGUGUCUCCUGUCCGGGUCUGUGGCUUUGAAGGCCAAGGAGCAGACGGUGGUGAGCGCCGCUGGGUUGACUUCCGUCCGGCCCCUGAGCCGCGCGCCGGUCUUGCUGCAGGCGCGCGCCUCAUUGAAGCCCAAGGUGCACACGAGCCAGGAGAGGCCCCUGUCAUUUCUUCAAGAAGAUGCCGACGAGUUCCUCACCGAGGUGCUGCCUAUGGCGGCGCCGGUGCCGCCGAAGUUCGUGUCUCAGGACAGACGGCCUGCGACGCCGGAGACCGCAGAUGUCGUGACCGAGGCCGUGGGGCCGGCCGGGCCCCUUUCUGUGGCCGCACCGCGCGAUGGCAAGGUCGACUCGCCUCCUUGGGGUCUGCUGCCAUGGCAGCUGCUCCUCAUUGGCGCCGGCGUCUGCACGGCCGGGGUCCUGUUUUCCCAUCGCCGCGAUAGGGAUCGCGUGACCCAGGAGGUGGAGAAAGUCCCCGUCUCCCUCAGCAGCGACCUGGAGACGCUGCCAGUGGACGAGCCCAGGUUGGUCAGACUGGAGGGCCUUUUGGGGGCGGAGUCCAAGCUGGCAGCGCCCUUCUCUGAGAAGCCCUGCGUCUUCUUCAGCGCCUCGGUGUGUCGGCACCGCCCGGACGGCAUGGGCCUGCCGGUGGCCUUCCACUCGCAGCAGGCGGCCUUCCACCUGAAGCUCCAGGAUGCUCCGGAUGUGGUGGUCCACAUUGACGGUGAUGUAGCCCUCUUCGACAUGCAGAGCGGGCGGGAGGAGUGGCGCCAGGCCUUCUGCGAGGCGCCGAAGCCGUGGUGCAGCUUCGUGCUGAACCACCUGGUGCAGUCCCCAGAUGCUGCCGCGCACUUCAAGCAGAGCCUGGAGCUGGGCUCCGGCGCGCAGCUGGACUUCCGGGAGAGCGCGCUGCGAGUGUCCUCGGCGGAGAGCUACGCCACCUGCGUGGGCCAGGUGACCCGUGCGAGCGAUGGCCGCCUCUCCCUGCAGCCCUGGCAGCCCCCGCGACGGGCCAAGCCCUUCUGGCGCCGCCUCGCGCCAGUGGACUGCCUCGUAGGCAGCGUGCUGAUCAGCGACAACCCGGCGCUCUGCGGAUGAUCUGCGCUGCUGUGUCGGAGUGCUGCGGGUUUCAAAUUUGCAGGCCUCUCCAAACGAAAGGACAGUACUGCAAGUGCUGUGCCAGAAAGUCUAAAACGUCGCAAGGGCUGGCAAACACUUGCAACAGAAAGUGUGCUAACCCAGUUCAGUCAUGCU